UAAAAUAAUAAUAAGAGCGAGAGUCGCCAGGAGAUCCCUUUGAACUUCGAUCUGAAAAUUGCCAAAACAAAUUCAAGAUUUUCAAAUUCUGAGCGAGGCAGCGAAUAUUGAUAAACCUGCAAAUAGUAUUUGUCCCAAGGAAAGAUGCAGAAUCAGGAGGGGCCGAUAGCUGAUAAAGAAAUGGAGACUUCUGUAUCCAUUCCCAUAUCUGAAUUUGAUGAUUGGGCAAAUUUCGCAGAUGAUGACAUUAUGCAGCAACAAUCUGCCAUUCAUGCUGAGGAAGCCAAGAAAAUUCCAUUUGUGGGGAACAAGGAACCUCUCUCUAUGUUGGCAGCUGAAUAUGAAUCAGGAAGCCCCAUCUUGCUGGAAAAAAUAAAGAUGCUUGGUCAACAAUAUGCUGCCAUUAGAAGAACACAAGGAGAUGGAAACUGCUUUUUCCAGAGUUUUAUGUUUUCAUACCUUGAGCAUAUUUUGGGUUCUCAAGACCGUGCUGAGGUUGAUCGUAUCAAAGGCAAUGUUAAAGAAUGUAGAAAGACACUUCAGAGCUUAGGUUAUGCAGAUUUUUCAUUUGAGGACUUUUUUGGGUUAUUCCUUGAGCAGCUGGACAUUGUUCUUCAAGGAAAUGAAGAUUCCAUAAGUCUGGAUGAGUUGAUAAUAAAAAGUCGAGAUCAGUCAAUAUCCAACUAUGUUUGCAAAUCAUCUGUAGAGCCAAUGGGUGAAGAGAGUGAUCAUGUGGACAUUGCUGCCCUUUCGGAUGCUUUGGGUGUGCCAAUUCGUGUUGUGUACCUUGAUCGAAGCUUUUGUGACAAAGGUGGUGUCUGUGUAAACCAUCAUGAUUUUGUUCCUACUUUCGGUGAUCAUUCAAAUGCUUCAAGUCAUAGCACUGAGCCCAUCAAGCCUUUUAUCACCUUACUUUAUCGUCCAGGUCACUAUGACAUUCUCAAUCCCAAAUGAUGCAUUUGCAUUUUCUGGUUGUUGAAUGUCCUAAUCAGUGGUGUCCUUGCGGGAAAAUUUACUUUGCAGGAUGCUAUGUGGGGGAAAUGCAAAAGUAUACACUAAUUGUUUGGCUGUAACUCAAUGGUUCUAAACUGUUUUGUGAUUCUUAACUGUGUGAGUUGGGAUAUAUGAACUGAACACAAAGGUCACCUCAAGACUAGGAAAUUUGUAUCUUCCUGUUGAGAUUGUCCUCGCCUAGAAUCUAUGUGAAAUUGCAUCAAUCCAAGAGAACUGUUCAUUCUGAAAUAGUUAAAGAUUGAUUGAUUUAUUUAUUUAUUUAUUUUUUGUCUUUCCUCCUUCUAAAUUCAGUCACCGUGCCUGGCUUGAA